AUGAUGCCUAAUGUAUUUCAAAUUAAAUGUUCAACACUUAGUAAAUUUUUUUUUCACCACUCCAAGAGAAGACUCCGCCAUCACCACUCACCACUAUCGGCGUCACCACUCACCACUCCAGGAAGACUCUGCACUCACUCAUCUUCACCACUCACGACGCCGUCACUCGUCUUCAACAUACUGCCGCUUCUCUUUGCUGUGCGUUCACAUCAGGACGACGCUGCACUCAACGGAAAGCCUCUCUUCAUUCGCUCACCAUCGUCGAGAAGGAUAAUUCUGAAGAUGCGAGUGAAGAUUGAGAUGCUUAUCAUGAUGGUUUAUUGACAAAGAUGGAAAUUGAAAGACGAUGUAUGGUUAAUGAUGAUGAUGUCUUUUAUUAGAAGCUAAGAUACAUUUAUAUGAUAUAAUAUUUUGGUUUUUUCUAGUUUAUUAGUAGUAAACUCUAAGUGCAUUAUAUGAGUAUACUUAUUCCACUUUGAGAUGUAUGAAUACUCAAAUUUAUGAU